AUGUCCGCUGUUCAGACCAUCACUGUGCCCACCCAGCCCGAUAUCCAGUACCACCCUGAAUAUGAAAAGUACAAGGAGCGUACUCGUCGUCGAAAAGAGACUGAGAACCUGCAGUCUACCUUGCCAGCAAACUUCCCGCAGAAGUUGGUAUCGCCGCUGGUCUGGGAAGGAAAAGACGUCGAGAAACGGGACGACUGGGUUUAUCAGUUGAGCGAUGAUCAACUGGAUGAAAUCGACGCUGCUUUGAAGAGUUUCAAAGGACAUGUCAACCAAUCGACUUUCCCUCUACCUACCUUUCGGCGUACUCUUCGAGACCUUUCGAAGGAGAUCCACACGGGUCGAGGAUUCGUCGUCCUCCGAGGCUUACGUGUCGAUAAUUACUCCAGAGAAGACAACAUCAUCAUCUAUGCCGGCGUAUCUUCCCACAUCGGCAAUAUUCGAGGACGUCAGCAAGAAGCUCGGCUGGCAGACGGCAGUUCACCCGUGAUAUCUCAUAUCAAAGAUCUCACUAGCAAUACCGAGAAGAACCUUAUCGGAGCCCCUUCAAACACGCCUGAUAAGCAGGUUUUCCACACUGACGCUGGCGAUAUCAUCUCACUCCUCUGUCUGAACCGAGCCGCAGAGGGAGGAGAAAGCUAUCUUUCUAGCAGCUGGCAUGUGUAUAACAUCCUGGCCAAGGAAAGACCCGAUCUUAUUCACACUCUAUCCCAGGACUGGCCAGUCGACGGCUUCAAUAACCCGGCCAGGCCUUACAGCCUCCGCCCACUUCUAUACCACCAAGCAGCCACUGCGACUACCCCUGAAAGGGUCUUAAUCCAGUACGCAAGACGAUACUUCACCGGGUUUCUGGCUCAGCCCCGAUCGAAGGAUAUUCCCCCUAUCACGGAAGCACAAGCCGAGGCGCUCGACGCUUUGCACUUCUUGGCGGAAGAGCACAGUGCCGCUCUAGAUUUCCAGAAAGGCGAUGUGCAGUACGUGAAUAACCUUAGCAUUUUCCAUGCGCGGAAUGGGUUUAGAGAUGAGCCCGGUAAAGAGCGUCAUUUGCUGAGACUCUGGCUUCGAGAUCCUGAAAAUGCUUGGGAAACACCUCGGGAACUCCAGGAACGCUGGGAUAUAGUCUACAAAGAUGUUGUCGAGGAUAAGCAGGCGUUCCCAUUGGAGCCGACUAUUCGCAAGAAUGUAUGA